AGUGGGCUCUUUUUUACCUCACCAAAUUUAUCUGACAGUUUCAGAAAGAUAUUACAUCAUAACAUCCUCUGUAUGUUUUCACAUGUUUAUCAGUUCUUUGUCCCAUCUUAGCUUCUAAUGUGAUUUCAUUCAAACACAGAACUGCAAAGAUUCAGAGAAAUAUAACCACUGGUGAACCCAACCCAUAGGUUGGAAACCACUCCUGUGGUUAAAACGUUCUCCAGCUUGAGCAGCUACAAUAAAAACCCUGAACGCAGAGGCGGUUCUUGGCAUGGGCAACGUAGGCAGUCGCCCGAGGCAGGUUUUUUUUUUUUUUUUCGUGGGCGGCACGAGAAAAAACAAAAACAAAUAAAAAAAUUUCUGGGCCCCAGCCAGGGCCCGCCCCGGAUGGAUGGACAAACAGAGAGUUGAGACCUGUCUGUCACCGGGAAACCAAUUGAAACCAGAAACUACAUCAAAAUCAUAAAACAAUCAAACAAUAAAUACAGUAAGAACCAACAGAAGAAGUGAAUCGGCCUGUCUGAUGUGCAGCGGCAGGUUGUUCCACAGUUCGGGGGCAGCGACUGAAAAGGCGCGGUCACCUCUCGCUUUCGUAUUUGUCUUCCAACCAACAAUGACAGAUCAGCCGACCUGAGGGAGAGUGUGGCUGGAGCAGGUCUGACAGAUACUGUGGAGUGAGGCCAAGAACACAUUUAGACUUAGACGUAGACAGACUUUAAUGAUUGACAAGGGAAAUUACUUUGUCAUGGCCAAGUUGUUAGUUGCUACAAAAAGAUGAGCUGUUAUACAGCUGGAUAGAGUACGUAUAAAAGAUGUUGCUGGAUAUCUUAUAUCCCAUCGAAAGGUGAAACUAAAAGUACAUAGUAAUAAUGUGUCCAAGUCCAACCUUUUUUUUUAUCUCACGUAGGGCACCAUUCAAGAUAGAACUGUUACUGACUGACCUUCUUUUCCCUAAGUAAGAUUUUGAAAGCAGGACUUUAACCUGUGUGUUCCUGUGUGUUUUUAACGCAACAGUGAGGUCUGUGUCUAUCUGUGAAUACGAUGCUUGACAGAUAGAUUUCUAAUUUGAAUAGAUUAUCAGCUGACUCUAUUAUUUACUGCUUCCAUUUUCUGGUUGUCAUUGAAAUGUUUCGCGAGCAACAAAAUCUAAAUGAAAAAGAACAAACAUGAGUGGAAUCAGCAGCUUAAGGGAGCUGUGGUAAAUCCUAUGUGUCUCUCUAUGGUCUGAUGGACAUCAGCCAGAACAACUCACUCAAACUGUGUUUUGGAUGGAACUGACUAAAUCUGAAGUGUAUCCAUGUUAAAUCUGGUGCCUUUAAAAGGAGAAGGGAGGUCUAGUCUGGUGACUUGUAGUGAAAAACAGGAUGUUUGUCUCUUUGUAAAAUCCCUGAGUGGUUCAAGAACACAUGCAGGAAUUAAGGAUAAAGGUUGAGAAAAAAAAUACAAAUAUCUCUCAUUGCUGAUGAAUUCUGCCAUUCCUUUUAUUUUUAUGAAUCACUGACUCAUCAGAUGAAUUUUAUAUUUGUAACACAAAUAUCAACGAGAGGAAAGUGGAACAUCUGCAUAAUUAGAGCUGGAAUCAGAAAAAUUAUCAAAACCGUGAAUGGGUUUUCAGAUAUGUUGGCGAUGUGGCUUUAUCAGGUGGGUUCAUCAGUGAACACAGUGGGACACAGCAGAACUUGAUAACCGUGGAGUCUGUUUAGGAAACAUACAACGUGGUUUACUCAACCAAACUGGCCUUUUAUGUUUUUAGUUUAAGGAAGAGAACUGUCGCUGUGCCAAAACGAACACACUCUUUAUUAACCCCACACCCCUCUGUCUCUCUCUUUCACACACACACACUCAUUGGUUCGUCCUCCCGUUCAGUACGCAGGUGUCUGAUCAGCAGGAGGUGUGCCGAGCGCCAAACCCAAACUUGGGACGCACCUCGCUGCAGCCUCACCUUCACCUUUCUCUUUCCCUCGGCGUUUUACACCUGAGCAUUCGCAGCUGCGCCGUUCUUGUCCUUAACGCCAAAUUACUAUGGAUUGACAUUUUCCCGAGGGCCAUGCUCACGUUCUGGGUUCAGCUUGGGUCUCCCCGCCGAGUCCUUGCAGGAAACCGAUCCGACCUGGAUGGCCUUUAUUCCCGUUUCCGCAUUCCCGCAGCCACCGUGCGCACUGCAGCCGUGGAGCGGAGAUCCAUGAUCUCAACAGAAAAAACCGGUUCCUCCGGCUAAUCUACCCAACUACUGCUGGUGGUGCAUUAUGUUUCCAGCCACAGGAAGAACGGUAAACCGGAGGACUGAGCGGCUGGUGACCGUGGGCUGUGAAAGGCCAUUUUCUGUUGACUGAUCAACCUGAAGCGCAUCCUAUUGAUCGGCGGGACAAUAAUAACAAUAACACAGCCGUCGCGCUCCUUCAUGUCCCGGGAUGGAGAGUUGCUGUCGCUCCUGUAUGCCGUGUUUGGACCGGCUCUGGAACUGGAUAUGGCCCGGCUUCCGCUACCCAAACGUCCCCAACCACAACCAUGUCAUCGCCAACCCGAUGGCGCAUGCGGGAGAGAUCCCCACCGUGUCCGGCGACAUCCGCGUCCCGUCCCCCAAGAAGCGGCCGGUGCAGCUGUACGCGGCGCUGUUCGACUUCGAGGCCCGCAGCGACGACGAGCUGACGGUGAAGGAGGGGGACAAGCUGUCGGUGAUCGAGAAGCGGGGGGACUACGUGCUGGCCAAGAAGCUGACCGGGUCUCUGCAGUCUGGACUGAUCCCGGCCAACUACGUGGCUCUGCUGCAGGACGAGUUCGCCAAACACAAGUGGUACUAUGGGAAUAUAAACCGUGUGAAAGCUGAGAAACUGCUGCUCGCUUCCCAAAACAAAGAUGGCUCCUUCCUGGUUCGCAUCAGUGAGAGUCACAGUGACGAGUACACAGUGUCUGCCCGCAGUGAGGGGAAAGUGUACCACUUCAGGAUCCAGCGCUCCACCAUCGGAGCGUACUUCGUCUCAGAUAAGAUCUCCUUUGCCACACUGGGAGAGCUCAUCUCCUACUACCAGAAAAACCCACGCAGCCUUGGAGUCCUGCUGGAAGAACCCUGUGCCCAGCAGCGGGAGCUGUUUGACAUGGAGCCCUGGGAGAGACCGCGAGAGGAGUUCAGACUCCACAAGAAACUCGGAGAAGGACACUUUGGAGAGGUGUGGGAGGCGGUGUGGACAACAGAGAACAAGAAAGUGGCCAUAAAGACACUGAAACAAGAGGACACGAAGCAGGAUGAGUUUGUGAAGGAAGUUCAAGCCCUGAAGAGCCUCCAUCACCCGAAGCUGAUCCAGCUGUUGGCCAUGUGCUCCAGAGGAGAGCCAGUCUACAUUGUGACGGAACUCAUGAGCAAAGGAAGCCUCAAGUCCUACAUCGCCUCUCCUGAAGGCCAGGUGCUCACUUCAGCUCAUCUGAUCUACAUGGGCAGUCAGAUUGCAGAGGGCAUGGCCUAUCUGGAGGACAGAAACAUUGUCCACAGAGACCUGGCUGCCAGGAACAUCCUGGUGGGAGACGAUCUGGUCUGCAAGGUGGCCGACUUUGGACUUGCUCGGAUUAUCAAGGACAGCGUGUACACAGCCAGUCGAAACACAAAGAUCCCGGUGCGAUGGACGGCCCCCGAGGCAGCGAUGCACCAGAAAUUCUCUGUAAAAUCAGACGUGUGGUCGUUCGGGGUGUUGCUGUAUGAGAUGAUGUCACGCGGCAAAAUGCCCUAUGAAGGGAAGAGCAAUAAGGAAGUGUUGGAGCUGCUGACAUCUGGUUUUCGGCUGCCUUGUCCAACCCGCUGUCCUCAGAAUAUUUACCGCAUCAUGAUGGACUGCUGGGCCGCUGUGCCCUCCAAGAGACCUUCGUUCCACGCUCUGCACAGCCAGCUGGAUACUAUAUAUGCCAAGAUAUAUUUUAAGACCAUAGAGGUAUAGUAAGAGGAACAUUAGAAUAUGUUCUUCUCCAAGAGGUCUGAAGACUACACAGAGACCGAAGAAAGGAGUGAGGAAGAGUAAGGACAACUCUCACUCUCUCCUACAACAGGGUACUUUAAAAACACCAAGGUGUAAAAAGGACAAAGAGAGCAACAGAUGACAAGAAACAUCUGUGAAAUGUCCAAGAUUAUGAUGGGAUGAAGAAGUUGCUUGGCCAAAUCUGAAGGAAUAUGUUAUAGGCUAAAAGACAGACUGACUGUAAACAGUCUGAGAAAGGUGUGUAUUACACGCACUCGUAAAAGACACUAAACCGUCAGCACAUUCACUGCACCGACCGUUUUUAAUUUUGUACCCUUUUGUGUUUUAUAAAUAACGGUUUAUUACUUCUGUACGUGCCAUGUCUGUGUGGACUCACAGGCCAGGACUUAAUGAAUCACUUUGUCUUUUGACUGCAAAGCCGAUGGUAAAGUGGAGAUAAUGUGCAAUAAUUAAAUGCUUGCUGUGUUUUUCAGCCACACUAGCAGAUGGAGUCUAUAGAUUCUAACGUGGGUCGACCACUCAUAGCUUGACAAUGAUAUUUGGUUGAAAUCUUCCACGACCGUUCAUCUAGUCACUGUUUGUCUUAUUUAAAAAUCAUAAGACACUGAAUUCCCGUCAGCUUUAGUUGUACUUUGAAGCUAGAAGACCGACCAGGAAGGAAACUUCCACUGAAAUUCUUUCAGUGUAAAUAUGGCAUGCAAACAUUGUUUUAAGAUCCACUUUUUAAAAAAUCCAAAUAUCCUUUGAAAGGAGACGAGGAUGUUGAUACCACUAAUGUCUCAGUAUCAACCGUGCUGCUAGAGCCAGGAGGUGAUUGGCUUAGCUUAACAAACGCAAGAAGAAAGUUGUUGUAUCAUAUUUGUUUCACUCAGUAAAACUCAGUAAUUCAGUGUAACCAUUUCAUGUUAGCCAGAAGCAUAGUUCUCUUAAGAUUUUCUGCUGUGGCUGCCAAAGGUUGGCAGCCAUAGCCAAAGUCAUUGCCAUCAUGGUUACGGUUUCCUCAUGCCUUCAGUUGUUGUGUUAAACCGAGCCAACCACCUACUAAGGAUUCAACACUCAGACAAGAAUGGUAUCAAACUUCUUAUCUAACUCUCGUAAAGAAAGCAAUAAAGCAAUAGCCGCGUUUACCUAAGUAUUAAAUGAUUGUAUUAGGAGCCUUGCUGUUAAUAUGAAUCCAAAACAAUAGCAGUUUGGUGACAUACUAAACUAAAAUAAGAAACCCUUUGGCAUGUCAGCACUGAGGUUUAAACUGAGGAAAGUAUAGUGCCGCUCUGACCUGAGCUUCACCGAGCCCGAGGGCCACUGUUCAGAGGAUAAACCUGUUCACUGAUGUGAAAAAACAACCUUUACUCUGGCACCACUCUCAGGACAGACAUUACAUUUUUUUGUCCCACCAGGAGUAAAGAUCCCAGAUUCGUAUUUUUCAUCUAUUCAUCAAUUUUUUUUUGAGUUUAUUAUUAUUAUUAACCCAAAAACAAGUUAUGGUUCCAUCUAUCUUCAGAAAUAAGACUUCAGUUUUUGUGCAUUUUUUGGAGACAGGCCCAUUGCUUGAAAAGCCUGUGGUACACGGAGCCAUGUGUACAGUCCUUAAGUUAUUAAAGCGCUUCUAAAGGCCCUAAACAAUGGCCAUUUACAACUAGAGUGCCUAUGUUUACAAUGCAGACUCUGUACAUAUACUGACCAGUUGAAUAUGGACUAUGAAACCCGCAGUAAUGAACACUGAGUCUAAAAAAAAAAAAGAAAAGAAAAAAGGCACAGUGAAUCAAUCAUACUCACAGGACUCUUCCGAGGGGUGGGGGGGUAGUUAGAUUUCUGCACCACAAAAUUGUACAACAAUGUUGCAACUUGCAAUGCAAUUUCAGAACAAUGUAACUUUGGUCUUUUAUGCAUGGCAUUCACAGCAGACGAAGACAAGUUCAGGAAACUUGAGCCAUAAUCACCAAAUCACAAGUCUGAGUGUGUUUUUGCCUGUGUGGUAUCAGGUAGCCAACACCAGGAAUGCAAAUAAUAAAGUAUUUUAAUUAUUGUUUUAAAA